CUUAGUAGCCCAUGACGUCAGUUAGUGGUAGCUGGGCAGUACCGAGAGGAAGAAGUUAAGAUGGUUCUCAUCAAGGAGUACCGUGUGGUUUUACCCUGUAGCGUCGAAGAGUAUCAAGUGGGGCAGCUGUUUUCUGUGGCUGAAGCAAGUAAAAAUGAGACGGGUGGUGGUGAGGGCAUUGAGGUACUCAAGAAUGAGCCAUAUGAAAAAGAUGGAGAAAAAGGACAGUACACACACAAAAUUUACCACCUAAAGAGUAAAGUCCCAGGAUUUGUGAGACUCCUAGCUCCUGAAGGUGCCCUGGUUUUCCAUGAAAAGGCUUGGAAUGCCUACCCCUACUGCAGAACCAUUGUGACGAAUGAAUAUAUGAAAGAUAAUUUCUUCAUUAAAAUUGAGACAUGGCACAAACCAGACCUUGGAACGCAAGAAAAUGUGCACAAACUAGACAGUUCCACGUGGAAGAAUGUAACGGUGGUGCCCAUUGACAUUGCAGACAGAAGUCAAGUGGCCCAUGCUGACUACAAGGAAGCUGAGGAUCCUGCCAUUUUCAAGUCUGUCAAGACUGGGAGAGGACCUCUUGGUCCCAACUGGAAGAAAGAGCUGAAUAGUAAUCCUGAAUGCCCAAGGAUGUGUGCCUACAAAUUAGUCACAGUCAAGUUCAAGUGGUGGGGCCUGCAGACCAAAGUGGAGAACUUCAUCCACGAGCAAGAGAAGAGGAUCUUCACAAACUUCCAUCGCCAGCUCUUCUGUUGGAUUGAUAAGUGGGUGGAGCUAAAUAUGGAUGAUAUACGGCGUAUGGAGGCGGAAACGCAGAGAGAACUGGAUGAGCUUCGCAAAAAGGGUGAUGUGCGAGGAACCAGUGCUGCGGAUGAAUGAAAAGGAUUUUAAACACCACACCCACAAUGACAGCAGUUGCGAAGGCUGCUAAGCGGGCUCCUUUUGGUGCCACUUUUUUACCCUAACUGAAUCAGGCUGUGGAGGAGGGAGCGCUGCUACCUGCAAUCAAUAGAGCAGAUCCCCGGCUUUAACCCAAUCAUAGUCAUUCUAUCCAGUGAGGAAUUGAUUUAUAGCCACCGAUACGAUGCUGGCUGAUGAGACUCAGGUUAAUUUUGAUCUUGGACAGAGAAAGGCCCAGCUAUGGCCAUCAGGAUAUUGAGACCUAGUCUUCUGCAGAGAUGCAAAGAAAAGCUAUUUACUUUUAAAAAAAAAAAAAAAAAAAAAAAAGCAAAUUCAUCAGCUUGAUUCCACAGUGGCAGGUGUUGGACCAAAUAUUUCCAGCUCCCCCAACCUCCUGUUUUUUCCCUACCCAACCCCCCCCCCCCCCCCCA